AUUCUGUUCACAGCAGCAUGGGUCCCUGAGCAUGCUCCUGGUGAGCGGGCCCCCUCACCUUGUCUUGCAGAGAACCCUCGUGCGAGGGUUGUGGUUUUAGGAAGCCAGGCUAACGAUGAAGAGGAUGAGAAAUGUCCCCAGGAAGGGGCAUCUGUGGGGCCAUUGCGUCCCCUGUCUGCCCGAGAGAAAUUGAUUCAAUCAGGGAUCUCUGGAAGCCUCAACUUUGAUGAGGAUAGUGAUGAAGAAGCAGAGGAGGAAGAGAAUGCCCGGUCCCAUUCCCCACAUGCUGAAAUCCCCCGGCCUGCUUCUGCAUCCAGCAGCAAGUCUAACACGGAGAGGGCCAACCAAGGCUCCCCUGAGACUAACGGAUCUUCCAUUGAGGUGGACAACCUGGAAGAGUUUGCACUGCAGCCUGCACCUCGUGGGAUUACUGUAAAGUGUCGUAUCACAAGGGACAAGAAGGGCAUGGACCGGGGUCUGUAUCCCACCUACUUCAUGCACCUGGAGAAGGAUGACAACAAAAAGGUUUUUUUGCUUGCUGGCAGGAAAAGGAAGAAGAGCAAAACCUCUAACUACCUGAUUUCAGUGGAUCCCACUGACCUCUCCAGGGAAGGAGAGAGUUUUGUGGGAAAGUUGAGGUCAAACCUCAUGGGGACCAAGUUUACUGUCUAUGAUAAUGGAACAAACCCAAGCAAGGCCCAGGGCCUUCUUGAGGAAAGCAACACCCGCCAAGAGCUGGCUGCCAUCUGCUAUGAAACCAAUGUUCUGGGAUUCAAAGGUCCACGGAAGAUGACUGUAAUAAUUCCUGGGAUGAAUAUGAAUUUUGAGAGGGUGCCUGUUCGACCACAAAAUGAUCAUGAGACCUUGUUGUCAAAGUGGCAGAACCAUUCUUUAGAUAACCUCAUUGAGCUGCACAACAAGACACCCGUGUGGAAUGAUGACACGCAGUCCUACGUGCUCAAUUUCCACGGCAGGGUCACCCAGGCCUCUGUGAAGAAUUUUCAGAUUGUCCAUGAUAACGACCCCGACUACAUAGUGAUGCAGUUUGGCCGAGUAGCAGAGGAUGUCUUUACUCUGGACUACAACUACCCUAUGUGCGCUUUGCAGGCCUUUGCCAUUGGACUCUCUAGCUUUGAUGGCAAACUGGCAUGCGAGUGAGAUAAUGGAAUGUCAGGCUCCUCAGACUAACAUUAUGCAGUUUCCAGAUGGGCCUCUAAAAUGGGUUGUGUUUAUUAUGCUGCAUUGUGCUUUGUCGCAAUCAUGAUGUGACCUUGUGGUAUAUAAUGAAAUCAUGCUGAGUUCAGUGAAAAGGAUUCUGUUAACUAAAAAACAAACAACACUUGAGACACAUAUUAAUGUUAAUGCUUUGAUUUCAUGUUUCUAAAGUUUUGUGUCUGUUCUUUAUUUUUUAAAUGUUAUUGGGUUGAAUCAUUACUCUUUUUAACAGCAGAAAUUUCUCAAAUCUUGCACAGAAAGGGAAAGGCCAUCUAGUGUUGGCAGUCUUCUUCCUCGGUGCCUUUAAACUAAGGAAAUCAGAUGUAUAAACAUCUUCUUACUAGACAGGUUAAAAGUUUUCAUUUUUCUUUUUUGUGUUUCAAAAUUUAUUUCAUGGAUUAUUUAUGUAAAACAGGAUAUUUGGAAUAGAGGAGCCAGGACUCCAGUGAAAGGAUCAGUGAGUACUUUUAUGUGUGAUGAAAUACUUUUGUCAAGUUAAUGUAUCUGGAAUUCUCCUGUUUUUGUAUGAAAAGAUUUGUCAGUUUGCUUUUGCUAACCUGCAGUGCAUUAUGAACUAACCAUGAAAACUUUUUCUUGUGUGUACCAAAAGACCUUGCACUUUAAGCUUCUUUUCUGUUUAAAAGUGCAAUAAUACAUUGAAUGGGGGUAUAGCUACAAUCUGAAUGUAAGAUAGAAAUAGCAAUUUCUUUCUUUGUGACGUAAGACCCAAUUGUAUAGUUCAGGGUCUUGAAAUGAUUUUCUUUAAGGAUUUUCUUUAUGUGGGAGGUAAUUUUGAGUCAUUUACAAAAUUGUAUUGUUUUUUCUAAUUUUCUACAUAAUUCAGUGACAUACAGAUCCCAUCUGACACUUUGACACACGUUUGUUGAGAUAUUAAUAUAGUUAUUGAAAAGCCCGUUUGCUUCCUUCUGCCUUAAAUCUAUUCCCUGGAAGGGCAAGCUAAACUUAAAGAGCUGACUAAGAUUUUGCUUUAUGGCAAAGAUCAUACAUUAAAUACAUACAGUAAAUCAUUGCAUUUAAAUUUUUCAUUCUGAAAUAUGUCACUUAACAAUAGGUGUGAAGAAAUCUUGAAUGACAUUUUUAUAGCAGCUUAUUGGCAUAUUCCUGUCCUGUACAGGAGAGGCACCACAUUGAUAGCUGUACCGUUAUCACAGCACCAAAAACUACAAUUGGAACUCUCCCUAGAAAUUUUGCAUGCUUUGUAGCUUAAUGUCACAUAAUAGACUUAAAGAGGAAGACCACUGGUUCUGUGUUCUUGAGGGUUUCAAGAUGCUGCAUCAUACACUCGCUUACAAUCUAUGUCACUGGAGGGCAGUGUCUUUGUGUUGAUUAAUUUCCCUUUUAUUAUUACUAGUCACUGGUAACUAAAAAGGUUUAAAUGCUUAUUAGUUUUGAAGUUUAAAAUUAGUGUGAGAUGGAAUAUGUUCUAAAAUCAGGUUAUCUGUGACACUCAGAGACUCGAUCAGCUUAGUCAGUGGUUUUCCACCUUCUAGUUUAACUGUAUAUUUCAAGGUAGAAGGUGGUACUGACCUUUCUCACACUGGUUGCUGCUUUUCAGGUUGAUAUAUACAAUUUUUUAGGUUACUCAGUGAAGCAGUAAAAACAUGAUCAAGGUACAGUAUAUACUGUAGGUAAGUCCUUCAGCCACCUGGGAGUGUCAUGCAUAGUGAAGAGGUCCAUGUCUAAUAGUAAAAUAUAUGGUUCUUGACUCCAAAACUGAAAUUAUGGACUUAAGUCUAAUUUGGUGCACCUCUCCAAAUGAAAUCAGGAGAAUUCCAAAGAUAAACUGGUCAGGUUUCACUGGGAUUCAGUUGGAUAGUGUAAUCUGGGGUUUCUCAGAUGUUUUUGUUUAUAUACUGAAUCAUAUUCUGCCAGGUCAAUACCCUUCUUGAGCGAUCACCCGUCCUAGCUUUGAGCUGAAAGUCACCAUUUUGAUACCAUGUGUGAAGUACUGUGCAUGAAAUAUUGGGUUCUACCAUGUCAGCAUUCAGCUUUGAACUGUGGCUCACAUUUUGUCCAUUCUCUGAAUUAAAUAAUGUGUACAAAACAAUCCCUAGGGGAGAAUGCUAAAGUUCUGCAUUGAUGGAAUUUACACUACAACAUAUAGUAUCUUUUGUUUUGUUUCACACUGAAAAGUGCACUUCAUCCACUGUUAGGAUUAGAACUGGCUACACUGUGAGCUCACAUAAUUGCUAAGAAAAAUCAAGUUAUUUUUACCAAAAUGACUCGAUAGAAAUCAAUAUACAGUAAACUAGCUCUUCUGGACACCUGAAAGCCAGCUCUUGUUUUGUCUUGUUCUGCUUAUUUUGGAAUUGUAGGCAUGAAAAUAGUGCCUGCUAAGAAAUAUUGUACAAAAAAUAGACUAAGCAUAAGCAUGCUAUUCAACAGCUGUUUAUUUUACAGCAUUUCUUGUUAACAAUGUCAUAUAAAGCAUUGAUUUAUGUUUUUAGAUAAUAUUCUUUCCUGUUAACUUAGUUAAGCCAUUUUAGUAUACAUUACAUAUUGGAAUGUAUACUAGAAUGGAAUAAAUUGAAAUAGGAAUAAACCAAUUACCUGUUCCAUUACAUAUUGUAUGCUUUUAUUAAGCAGCUUGUGCAGGAUCACUGUGUAAAUUCUGGAUAGUAGUUUUUUUGGGCAUGAGAAAUUUUGACCAUGAGUUCUAGCUACAUCACCAUUUCUUUGUAUAAUUGAAAUCUACUUGCUUGUCUUUCUUUUCCUUAUUUUUUCCCUUUUCACUGUCUUUUAAGCACAUGAAAUUACAUUUGUUCUUUGAAGUACAGAGUCUUUGAUCCAGUCUCUGAAUGGCCAUUUUUCUGACCUACAGUAUCACCAAAUCAUUGUUCUUUGUCUCCUGGGUGUUGCUUUGGCAGAAUUGUAUAUUUUCAAUCUGUGGACAAAAUGAUAGCAAAGACCAUUGUCCAUUAUGUUAUAAAAACUAAUAUCAAAAUGUACCAUGUGUCUGAAUUUUACUGUAGCAUAUAGCAUACAGUAUAUUGUAUAAAUAUUGUGUUUUCAUAGUACACUGUAAUUCUUAUUUGUACAGAAUUGUUUUCCCCCACAACAUUUGCUCUUAAGCAAUGUAGCGUAAGUGCUAUGUUUUAGUACAUUAACGUUAAACUAACCACACCUGUAGGUUUCUUAGUGACUGUAUUUCUCUGCUUUGAUUUUAAGUUAGAAGCAUUUCAUAUGGUAAAUUGUAAUCCAUGUACAUCCUUUUAAGAUACACUACUACUGUCUGCAGGUAAUGUACAGUAUCUAUCCCUUGACAUGUCUUUAGCAAUUCUAUAUGUUCAGAAACCUCCUUCCAUGUUGUUAAUCGAAUGGAACUGAUAUGCAAGCUGCAGUGUGCAAUUGAUGGAUUGCCUCUGAGACCGGAGUGUGGCUUGUUACAAGGCAGUAACCUUUAGCUUGACAAACUCCUUUGAGUAGUGUUAGCAAGAGCUGCAUCAGUUCUUUGGAUGUCAUCUCUGGUGUAUUUACUAUUUGGUAUGCCCUAUGAAAAGAGACAAAUGGCUUCAUAGUAGACACUCCAGAGGAUAAAUUGUAGUGGUCUUCAUCCUGAUUUGAUAAAUUUGUGACUCCAAAUGAAGAGGCUGCAAAACAACUUUAACUGGCAACAACAAAAUCUUCAGCUUGAGAAAGAUGCAGCAGGAGAAGAUUUUCUCUUAUGAGAAUAAACAAAAAAAAAAUCAUUUUCCUGAAUCAUAAAGGCACCCUGAUAUAUGCUGGCAUUUAAAAUCCUAUGCAGUAACUUGGCUGAUAUAUAAAAUCCAAAACCAUCCAAGUCACUUCAUUUGCCCUUGUUUUUUUCCCAAAGUUGUCCAUUAAUUCUUGAGGUCUUUUAUUAUGUUGUCAUUUUUAUUAUAUUGUGUAAUGUGCACACUGAUAUAUUUAAAGGCACACAGUUUUGUUUAAUUACGGGUGUUCUGCCAUGAUCUUAAAACUGCCUGCAUCAAAUAAAAAAGUGGCAGAAUAUGAGUACAUCUUAAGCCA